GACCCGACAUUUAUGUUCACCUAUACAGCUGGUUGGUCGGUUGAAAUUAGUGGAGUAAUCAUGGAAGAUAAGCCAAUUUUUUUACAUCAAGAGUCAGUAUGAGUUUGAAAUGAUCCGCUACGUGAGUCUUCCUCUCUACUUUCACCGACCCCCCUCCUCCUCCGCUCGCAGAAAUUUAUAAAGAACAAAAAAUCCUACUAGGGAGGGGGGUUGAUACGCCGUAGCUGAAAUCGAGAGGCGAACCCAGGAAAGAGGAGUAUUUUCUACACGGGACUUUCCCCCCCUUAGUCCCCCAAAAGGAGGGGGAAAAGUCGCAAUUGUGGAAUCGAAAAGGAAUACGAUUUUAAAGACGUGAAAACGUCUGCAGUUGUGGAUACCGUAUAUAUUUUUAAUUCGAAAAAAUAUGGCCGAGAACGUUCUGGACUCUGGCCCGCCUUCAGCCAAGAGGCCUAAACUAUCCUCUCCGGCACUUUCCGUCUCCGCCAGCGAUGGAAAUGACUUUGGCUCCCUUUUUGACUUGGAGCAUGACCUCCCAGAUGAGCUCAUCAACUCCUCUGACCUGGGCCUGGUCAAUGGAGGGGACCUGAGUCAGCUCCAUACCAGCCUGGUUGGAGGGGGGGGUCUGGGGCCUGGCGGAGGAGGAGGACUGGGCCUGGGUCUGGGUCCAGGUCCAGGAGGAGUGCAGGAUGCUGUGGCCAAGCACAAGCAGCUGUCUGAGCUUCUGCGCUCGGGGGCACCACCCACCUCAAGCCAGCAGGGGCAGCAGGCGGCCAUGGGCAGCCCAGGAGGAGGCUCUGCUCUGGGCCACUUGGGGAACAUGAAGGCCUCUCCUCAGGGUAUGGGCCAGCAGCAGCAGCAGCACCUCUCGCCCCAACAGCAGGCUGCCAUGAUGCAGCAAGUAGGAGGGCCUGGGAUGGUUGGCGGGAUGAACAGGGCCAUGAUGGGAGGCCAGAAGGGCAACAAUGGACAGCCACAGCAGCAGGGCAUGAUGGGAGGGCAGGUGAUGAACGGCUCUCCGAGGAUGGGCUUUGGGAACCAGGGGAUUGGCGGCAACGGUAACAUGCUGGCUGACUCCCUCCAACAGCAGCAGGGGCCUGGGGGACAGGCCGGCCUCAGGGUACAGCAGCCUGGAGCACUGAACAAGAUGAAUAUGAUGGGGACUCCAGGGGGCCCCUAUGGAGGUCCGUACGGUCCAGGAGGUCCAGGGGGCCAGGGAAUGGGUGGGGCAGGGCUGGGCCCUCAGCUCCAGAAUAAGGCCUCCAUGCCCAACAGUAUGGCCCAGUUCAGCAUGGACAAAAAGAACCAGCCCAUGCAGGGCAUGGCUGCCAUGGCUUCCCAGCAGCAGUCGCCUGCUGGAGUGGGUGGGCCGGGCGGAGCCCCAGGAGGCGGAGCCCCAGGGAUGCUUCCCAACGCCCAGGGCAGCCUCGUGGGGCCUUCCGUGUCGGCAGCCGCCGCCGCCGCAGCCGCCGCAGCCGGGGCGCCCCCCACAGCCGACCCGGAGAAGCGCAAGCUGAUCCAGCAGCAGCUGGUGCUGCUCCUCCACGCCCACAAGUGCCAGCGGCGGGAGCAGGCCAACGGGGAGGUGCGCCAGUGCAACCUGCCCCACUGUCGCACCAUGAAGAACGUCCUCAACCACAUGACCCACUGCCAGGCCGGCAAGUCCUGCCAGGUGGCUCACUGUGCGUCGUCCAGACAGAUCAUCUCCCACUGGAAGAACUGCACACGGCACGACUGUCCUGUCUGCCUGCCGCUGAAGAACGCUGGAGACAAGAGGAACCAGCAGUGUGAGUCCCUUCUCGGCACGGCGGGCGUAGGUCUGGGUAGUUCGUUGGGGGGGUCCGUACCAGGGGGCCAGCCCAGCGCCCCCAACCUCAACCCCCCAAGCCAGAUAGAUCCCAGCUCCAUUGAGCGAGCCUACGCCGCCCUGGGCCUCACCUACCAGGGCACCCAGGUCCAGCCCCAGGUCGGGCAGACCAGCAUGCCAGGAGCGCAGGGGGGUCUGCAAGGACAGCCUGGCAUGAGGCCCCAUAACGCCAUGGGGGGUAAUCCAAUGGGAGUGAACGGUGCUGUGGGGGUCCCCUCUCAGAACCAGCAGAACCUGCUCCAGGACACCAUGCUGCACCUCAACAUGAACUCACAGGGGCUGAUGAACGACUCUGGCUCCAUGCCCACGGCGACCCCUCCAUCCAGCGCUGGCAUGAGGAAGAGCUGGCAUGAGGACAUCACUCAGGACCUCCGGAACCACCUGGUCCACAAACUUGUCCAGGCCAUCUUCCCCACGCCGGACCCCGCCGCUCUGAAGGACAGGCGGAUGGAGAACCUGGUGGCCUACGCUCGGAAAGUGGAGGGGGACAUGUACGAGUCCGCCAACAGCAGGGCGGAGUACUACCACCUCCUAGCGGAGAAGAUCUACAAGAUCCAGAAGGAGCUGGAGGAGAAGAGGAGGACGCGGUUGCAGAAGCAGGAUGGACCUCUACCCGACCCAUCGCUGGUACGGCCCACUGGACCUGGCCCAAUGGUCAACAGGAUGCAGAAUCCAGCAGGGAUGAACCAGUUUAGCCAGAUGGGGAUGCAGAGGGCCACUCCCCCACUCCCUCUAGGACCUCCUGGCAACCAGAUGGGUAUGGGUGGUCCAAGGAUAGGCCAGCCAAACGUGAACCAGCUGCAGAACCAGUACAUGUCCCAGGGCCAGUUCCCAGGGGCUGGACCCAGCCUCGGCACAGGGCAGCCUGGCAUGGCACAGCCCGGCACACAGGGAGGCAUGGUACAAGCUCAGAUAGGCACUCCUCCCUCUCUCCCAGUCAGCAGUCCCUUAGCCCAGCCAGGCUCAGUGGGAGGCCCCAGUGGGGUUCCCUCAGUGGGGCCCCAUGGCCCUCAGAGUGUGGGUGGAGGCCCCCCGUCCAUCCCCCCCCAGCAGCCCAAUUCCCAUGCCCACCUGGCUGCCAUGCGCCAGAGCUCGCCCUCGCCUGCUCGAAGCCGCACGCCCACCCCCCACCAGACGCCCCCCAGGCUAGCUGGCUCCCAGACGCCCCAGCCCCACACCCCCAACCCACCACAACUGGCCCCACCUCCGGCCCCCCAGGGCCAGCAGCUUAGCCAGGGCCCAGGCUCCAACAAGCCCAUGCAACAGCAGUCCAGUGCUGGGUCAACCACUCCAUCUCACCCAGGCAUGGCCUCAACGCCUCACGCCACCCAGCUCCCUCGCACUCCUCUGUCUCAGAAGGGCUCGUUCCAAGCAGACAGCCAGGCCCUGACCCCUGCCUCCGUCAGCAGCGUAGACACCGCCUCGCAGCAGGCCAAGGCCGAAGCCCCCGCCACCAUGGAACCCAAGAUGGAGGUCAAGCAGCAGGAGGAUGAGGAGGACGAGGAGGACGAGGAUGGGGAGGGGGGCGGAUGCUCCAAGGGAGGCAAGCUGUCCAACAUCAAGGCUGAGGACAAGCCCAUCAAAUCCGAGCUCAAGAACGAGGAGUGUUCCGGCGACGGCGGGAAAGGUAACGCCAUGGAUACGUCAUCGUCCACCACUUCGUUGUCGGUGGUGAAGACGGAAGACAGGAAGCCGGAGAUAAAGAAGGAGCCGAAGGAGGAAGAGGAAGGGUCAGAGUCUGGAGCGCAGUCUGGUGCCCAGAUCAAAAAGAAGAUAUUUAAGCCGGAGGAGAUGCGCCAGGCUCUCAUGCCCACCCUAGAGUCUCUGUAUCGUCAGGACCCAGAGUCUCUGCCCUUCAGACAGCCUGUGGACCCCCAUCUCCUGGGCAUCCCAGACUACUUUGACAUCGUGAAGACCCCCAUGGACCUGUCCAGCAUCAAGCGGAAGCUGGACACGGGCCAGUACCAGGAGCCCUGGCAGUACGUGGACGACAUCUGGCUCAUGUUCAACAACGCCUGGCUGUACAACCGCAAGACGUCGCGCGUCUACAAGUACUGCUCCAAGCUGGCCGAGGUGUUUGAGCAGGAGAUCGACCCCGUCAUGCAGGGCAUGGGCUACUGCUGCGGGCGGAAGUUGGAGUUCUCUCCCCAGACUCUGUGCUGCUACGGCAAGCAGCUGUGCACUAUACCCCGAGAUGCUGCCUACUUCAGCUACCAGAACAGGUACCACUUCUGUGAGAAGUGUUUCAACGAGAUCCAAGGGGAGACGGUUUCCCUGGGAGAUGACCCCUCCCAGCCGCAGACAUCGAUUAACAAAGAACAGUUUGAGAAGAAGAAGAAUGACACACUGGACCCUGAGCUGCUUGUGGACUGUUUGGAUUGUGGACGUAAAAUGCACCAGAUAUGUGUCCUGCACCACGACACUAUCUGGCCUCAAGGGUUUGUCUGCGACGGCUGCUUAAAGAAGAGCAACAAGACGAGGAGGGAGAACAAGUACGCUUCCAAACGGUUACCCCAGACCAAGCUGGGCUACUACCUGGAGACCCGGGUCAACGACUACCUGAAGAGGCAGAACCACCCAGAGUCUGGGGAGAUCACCAUCAGGGUGGUGCACGUCUCCGACAAGGUGGUGGAGGUCAAACCGGGCAUGAAAUCCAGGUUUGUGGACAGCGGGGAGAUGUGCGAGUCGUUCCCCUACAGGACCAAAGCCCUGUUUGCCUUCGAGGACAUCGACGGAGCAGACGUGUGUUUCUUCGGCAUGCACGUCCAGGAGUACGGCUCGGACUGCCCCUCGCCCAAUCAAAGACGAGUGUACAUAUCCUACCUGGACAGUGUGCACUUUUUCCAGCCCCGGUCCCUGAGGACAGGGGUCUACCAUGAGAUCCUCAUAGGCUACCUGGAGUAUGUCAAGAGGCUGGGGUACACCACGGGCCACAUCUGGGCGUGUCCACCCAGUGAGGGUGACGACUACAUCUUCCACUGCCACCCCAUGGACCAGAAGAUCCCCAAGCCCAAGAGACUGCAGGAGUGGUACAAGAAGAUGCUGGACAAGGCUGUAGCUGAGCGUAUCGUCCAUGACUACAAGGACAUCUUCAAGCAGGCUACUGAAGACCGCCUCACCAGCGCUAACGAGCUGCCGUACUUUGAGGGCGACUUCUGGCCCAACGUGCUGGAGGAGAGCAUCAAGGAGCUGGAGCAGGAGGAGGAGGAGCGCAAGAGGGAGGAGAACAGCACGUCCAAUGAGAGCAUCGAUGCUACUAAAGGUGACAGUAAGAAUGCUAAGAAGAAGAAUAACAAAAAGACCAGCAAGAACAAGAGCAGUCUGAGUCGAGCCAAUAAGAAGAAGCCGGGGAUGCCCAACGUGUCCAACGACCUAUCCCAGAAGCUCUAUGCCACCAUGGAGAAACACAAGGAGGUGUUCUUUGUGAUUCGGCUGAUAGGCGGCCACAUGGCCAACGCUCUGCCCCCCAUCACGGACCCGGACCCCAUGAUGGCGUGCGACCUGAUGGACGGGCGCGACGCCUUCCUGACGCUGGCGCGGGACAAGCACCUGGAGUUCUCGUCGCUGCGCCGCUCCAAGUGGAGCUCCAUGUGCAUGCUGGUGGAGCUGCACAACCAGAGCCAGGACCGCUUUGUGUACACCUGCAACGAGUGCAAGCACCACGUGGAGACACGCUUCCACUGCACCGUCUGCGAGGACUAUGACCUGUGCGGCACCUGCUACAACACCAAGGGCCACGAGCACAAGAUGGAGAAGCUGGGCCUGGGCCUGGACGACGAGAGCAACAGCCAGUCGGCCUCUUCUAUGCAGAGCCCCGGAGACUCGCGCCGCCUCAGUAUCCAGCGCUGCAUCCAGUCCCUGGUCCACGCCUGCCAGUGCCGCAACGCCAACUGCUCACUGCCGUCCUGCCAGAAGAUGAAGCGCGUGGUGCAGCACACCAAGAGCUGCAAGCGCAAGACCAACGGCGGCUGCCCCAUCUGCAAGCAGCUGAUUGCCCUGUGCUGCUACCACGCCAAGCACUGCCAGGAGAACAAGUGCCCCGUGCCCUUCUGCCUCAACAUCAAGCACAAGCUGAGGCAGCAGCAGCUGCAGCACCGCCUCCAGCAGGCCCAGAUGCUGAGGAGGAGGAUGGCCAGCAUGCAGAGGGUAGGCCAGCCCCCCCCAGGACCCGGGGGGAACGGGGGACUCCCGUCCCCGGGCAACAACGGAGCAACCGGUCCCAGUACCCCCACCUCAGGUGGCACGCAGCCCCCAACCCCUCAGACCCCCACCCAGGGAAACAUGCCCCCCCUGCCCCAGCAGGGGAUGGGGGUAGGGGGGGGUCCGGGGCAGCAGAAACAACAGCAGCAGCAGCAGCAGCUCCAGCAGCAGGGAGGUGGAAUGCCCCCUCAGCACCACCUUCACCAUCAGUUCCAGCAGAUGCAAGGUGGAGGGAGUGGGGUGAUGGGGUCUCCUCAGCAACAGAUGGUGCCCCAGCUCCAGCAGCAACAACAGCAGCAGCAGGUUCAGUCAGUCCAGCAGCUCCAGCACCCGGGGGGGCAUCCUGGCCCCCUGCCUCCGUACACUCCCAGACCUCCGGGGGCCUCCCCACUCCACCAGUCCCUGGGUAAGCCAGGCAUGGGUCCAGCCACCCCACCUCAGCAGCAGCCUGCCCCAGGUCAGGGCUCCAUGCCGGGGCAGCCCGGGCAGCAGCCUGGGCCCCCGUUGGCGGCAGUAGAGACAGCCCUGAAGAUCCAGCGUCUGGCCGAGCGUCAGAUGGCUCAGGCCCAGGCUCAGGCCCUCCAGAGGCAGGCGCAAAGUGGGGGCAUGAUGCCUCCCCACCACCAGAACCCCCAGGCCCCAAUGGGCAUGUCCCACCCGGGGCCAGGGAUGUUGGGGGCACAGGGGCUAGCUGGCAGGGCCAUGCUGGAACCCCAGCAGAGCAUGGGGCUAGGUGGAGCAGGAGCCAUGCAGCAGCCAGGUGGCCCACAGAGCCAGCUCCCCCCACAAGUCCAACAGCAGCUUCAACAGCAGGCAGGGGGAGGGCAGCAGCCAUGGCCCCCUCAACAGAGGCAAGGCAUGAUGGGACAGAUGGGUCACAUGACGCAACAGCAGCAGCAGCAGGUUGCCCAGCAACAGCUACAACAACAGCAGCAGCAGCAGCAACAACAACAACUCCAACUCCAGCAGCAACUACCCCAGCAGCCUGGGCAGCCCCAGCAGCAACAGGCGGGCAGAGGGGGGCUGAUGGGGUUGAUAGGUGGUCCUGGGGGCGUGGCAGGGGCAGCGGCGGCUAUGGCUGGGGCUGCAGGUGCGGGGAACCUUCCCCAAGCUGCCUUGCAGGACCUCCUCCGGACCCUGCGCUCUCCCACCUCACCCCUUCAACAGCAGCAGGUCCUUAACAUCCUGCGCUCCAAUCCCCUCCUCAUGGCAGCCUUCAUCAAGCAGCGUGCCGCUCGUUACCAGGGAGGUCCGGGUGGACCAGGGGGGCCAGUUCCUCCUGGAGGUGGAGGAGGUGGUCCAGGUGGGGUGAGGUUCCAGGGGUCUGGGGGAGGCCUGCCUGGGCCUGGGCUAGGAGGAGGAGGGCCAGGGGGUAACCAGGUUGGGAUGGAUGGGCAGCAGAUGCAGGUGAACCCAGGAGGAGGACAACCAGGGAUGAACAUGGCCCAGGGAGGAGUUGCAGCUGCAGGAGGUGGAAUGCCUACCAUUGCCCAGCUACAACAGUUACAACAGCAGCAGCAACAACAACAGCAACAGCAGCAACAGCAGCGCCCUUUGCUGCCUGGGAGUCAGCAGCAACAACAACAGAUGGCAGCAUUACAACAGCAGCAGCAGCAACAACAGCAGCAGCAGCAGCAACAACAGCAACAACAAGGAGGUAUGCAAGGCCAGCAAAGUAAUCCCAUGUCCAACAUGAACCCCCAAUUCAGAGAGCUGCUGAUGAGACGUCACCUUCAGCAGCAACAACAACAACAGCAGCAGCAGCAGCAACAACAGCAGCAGCAGCAGCAGCAACAACAACAGCAGCAGCAGCAGCAACAACAGCAGCAGCAGCAACAACAACAGCAGCAACAGCAGCAGCAACAGCAGCAGAUGGGGAACCAUGGUCAGUUCCAGCAGCAGCAGGUCCAGCAGCAGCAGGUCCAGCAGGGCUUUCUACAGGCGGGACAGGGACAGCAAGGGAUGGCCCCUCAGCAGCCUGGACAUCCUCAGCCUGGAGGAGGACCGGGGGGAGGACCCCAGCAGGGAGGGCCAGGUGGAGGACCCGGGCAAGGCCAGCAGGGGUACUCGAACUCCAUGUCGCACCAGCAGGUGGCAGCAGUCAUCCAGCAGAGGCUUCAACAACACCUGCAGAUGCAGCAGCAGCAGCAGCAGCAGCAGCAACAGCAGCAGCAGCAGCAACAACAACAACAACAACAGCAGCAGCAGCAGCAACAACAGCAGCAGCAGCAGCAGCAGAAUGCCAUGGCUGGGAUGCAGGGGCCGGAUGGAGGGCCUGGGGUAGGAGGUGGAGGGGUACCCGGUCAGCACCCCCAGGGAGGGCAGGGCGUCCAGGGCCAGCCACCCCAGCAAGGCAGCGGUCCCCCUCAGUCCCAGGCCAUGCUCCAGCAAGCCCUGCACCAGAGGCUUCUCCAGCAGCAGCAACAGCACCUGGGUGGGGGCUCCCCCGCCCAACACAGCAGCCCCAUGAGCCCGCAGCAGCCCAUGGCACAGUCCCCUCAUCUCCAGGGGCAGGGUCUGGGUCCAGGCUCCCUUAGCAACCAGGUCCGCUCCCCUCAACCCUCCCCAAGGCCCCAGUCCCAGCCCCCCCACUCGAGCCCUUCCCCGCGCAUGCAGCCCCAGCCUUCUCCACACCGCAUCUCUCCACAGACCCAGACAGGUUCACCCCACCCCGGGCACCAUGGCCAGCAUCAUCCGGGCAUGGUGGUCUCACAACAACAACAACAACAGUUAUCCCAGCAGCAGGGUAAUUCUGUGGACCCCAGCCAGUUUGGGUCAGACCAGAAUGCCCUCAUGUCCCAGUUGAGUGGGAUGGGAGGGUUGCAUGGUCAGAACCAGGGGGACAUGAUGGGAGGGAACAACCAGGACAUGAACACGAACAUAAACCACAGUCUAGACAUCAUGUAGCCUCGUGUCCUCCACCUGGAAGCCCCAACGCUCAGAGAACUGUCCUGGAGGAACUGGGACUGAGAAAGUAGGGUGGUGGAGGGUGGAAGGCUCACUGGCAGUUUUAGAAGUAAUUAUUUUUUAUUUAAAUAUUUUUCUGAUGUACAAAUGAAAAUAACUUGAACUGAACCUUCCUAUGGGAGAUGCAACAUUAAAUCCACAAGUCAAUAAAUGAAUAAAUUAAAACGAAUGGUAAGUUAUUGCUGUUAAUAUAUAUAUCUAUAUAUUUUUGCCAAUUGUGUACAAAAGGUGUAAGUGGGGUUUUUGGGCCGGGAAACAUUCUUCCUUAGUAUGUAACACAAGUGAUAUUUUUGGGGAUUGAGAACUUUGCCUUUUUUACAAUAUUUUUAAGAUUUUAAAUGUGGUGGAAAAAUUAAAGAGUGAGUUAAUACUAUGGACCUUUUUUCCUUUUUUUUCCUUUUUUUUCCCCUUCCCCCUCAUCAGUCAUGAUUGUAUCCAUUUUGCAGAGAAGUAUUUUAUUUCUAAUGACUUUGACAUCAUGAUUAUGACUUUUUCUCAAUCUACAAAAAAACAUAUCCUGCGUUUUCUGACGUUUUUCUUUUUCACGGUUUUUCUACAUAAUACAUUGCAACUGCUAUCAGUUCAAAUAGAAUAUAUUUUUGUUAAUGACUUUUUCCCAGCCGGUAGGGUUGCGAUAAGGGUGAGGUUAUUAUUCUAUUUUUAUUUGGACUUUGUUUUUUUUGUUAGGGGUUUAGGGAUAUAUAUGAAUCUUAAACAGUAUUGAUAGGGAGGUGGGGUGUGGUGGCAUAUCUUACUGGCUGGAUGACUCACCACAUCCUGAAAAAUAGAAGCUUCCAGAAACAUGAACCAUAAUGGAUGGGACAAGAGUACCACCAUACCUCUCCAAUCCACUCCCUCCACCCUCUCCCAUGAAUGUGCACUCCCCCCCCCCCCCCCCCCCCCCCCCCCCCCCCCAACACACUAUAGAGCGUGGGAUAGAUGGGUGGCUAGAUGGAUGAGCUGCUGAUGUCUGUGUCGGCCGUGUCUCUCAGCUGAUAGACAGGAGGGUUCUGUGUGCUUGUGACGGCUCCUUAUGAACUUUCACCUUGAGUGGAACCGCUAACCUCUUUCUCCCUUUUCUGUCACAUCACCUCUUUUCCAGGGGGCGCUUAUUCUGAACCAUGAGGUUUAAUUUAAUGUUAUCACUGUAAAAAGAAAGAUGAAAAAACUGUGGACUUUAAUGAAAUACUGUUUUUAUAAUAAAAUAAUUAAAACUCAACAAAAAUUUAAGAUGUACAGACUUUCAGACUUGGGGGCAGACAGAGAAACUCUUUUCUACUGUUCAGUUUCCCCUCUUCAGUGGUUAGGUGUGUGCAUCUCUAGCCAGGAGGACUCCUCCUGAGCUAUGUAAAGUAUUUUGGAAAGGUACAUAUGGUAUGGGAGGUGUUAUAGGUCGUAUGAGCACCAAUGAGCCUUUGUGUAUUUUCUGACCAACUUUGGGGGGGGCGGGGGGGGGGGGGGGG